UGCGCGUGCGGGAUGGGAGGGGCGCGGCACCGUGUCUAGAGCGGCCGCGGUCUAGGUCCGCACGCCCGCCGGUCCUUCCUGCAGCCCCGCGCUGGGCAGGGCCGGCCCGGCCGGGCCAUGGAGUCCUACGACAUUAUCGCCAACCAGCCCGUGGUCAUCGACAACGGUUCGGGGGUGAUCAAGGCUGGCUUUGCAGGAGACCAGAUUCCCAAAUACUGUUUCCCAAACUAUGUCGGGCGCCCUAAGCACAUGCGAGUGAUGGCUGGAGCCCUGGAGGGGGACCUCUUCAUUGGACCAAAAGCAGAGGAGCACCGGGGGCUGCUGGCCAUCCGCUACCCCAUGGAGCACGGCGUGGUACGGGACUGGAACGACAUGGAGCGCAUCUGGCAGUACGUCUACUCCAAGGACCAGCUGCAGACUUUCUCCGAGGAGCAUCCUGUUCUCCUAACGGAGGCUCCACUUAACCCGAGUAAGAACCGGGAGAAGGCAGCAGAGGUGUUCUUUGAGACCUUCAACGUGCCAGCCCUGUUUAUCUCCAUGCAGGCCGUGCUCAGCCUGUAUGCAACAGGACGCACGACGGGAGUGGUUUUAGACUCAGGGGACGGGGUCACUCAUGCUGUCCCCAUCUACGAGGGCUUUGCCAUGCCGCACUCCAUCAUGCGCGUGGACAUUGCUGGCCGCGAUGUCUCCCGCUACCUCCGGCUACUGCUGCGCAAGGAAGGAGUUGACUUUCACACCUCAGCCGAGUUCGAGGUUGUCCGGACCAUCAAAGAGCGAGCCUGCUACCUCUCCAUCAACCCGCAGAAGGACGAGGCUCUGGAGACGGAGAAGGUGCAGUACACCUUGCCAGAUGGCAGCAUGCUCGACGUGGGGCCAGCACGGUUCCGGGCCCCUGAGCUGCUGUUCCAGCCAGACCUGGUAGGUGAUGAGAGUGAGGGGCUCCACGAGGUGCUGGCCUUCGCCAUCCACAAGUCUGACAUGGACCUUCGCCGGACGCUGUUCACCAACAUUGUGCUUUCGGGUGGCUCUACGCUUUUCAAAGGCUUCGGUGACCGAUUGCUAAGUGAAGUGAAGAAGCUUGCCCCAAAGGAUGUCAAAAUCAAGCUCAGCUCGGCCACCUCCUCCGCGUCCGGCUGCUCCCACUGCUCCCAGCUGAUACACUUGCUACCUGGCCUCGGACCCUGAGGGAAGGGCUCCCAAGGCUGGGGUCGGGGCUGCCGUGUGGGAUGGACAAUUACAUUGCUGCUUGUUCCCUCUAGAUCUCGGCCCCUCAGGAGCGGCUGUACUCCACGUGGAUCGGUGGCUCCAUCCUGGCCUCGCUCGAUACUUUUAAGAAGAUGUGGGUAUCCAAAAAGGAGUAUGAAGAGGAUGGCUCCCGUGCUAUUCAUCGUAAAACCUUCUAGUGCCCGAAGAGGUGUAGCGUGUUGGGAGAGUGGGAGGAAAGGGGAGUCAGAGCCCUUACCCCUUUCUGGUCUGGGCUCACAUCCUAGGCCUAGGGUCCCCUGCAUGCCCUGAACCCUGGGCAGAUGGGGCAGCCAUGCUUCCCUGCAGCCCUCCCCUGCGCACGCGCACACACACACACA